CUCCUGCCGUUACAUGGAACGCAUGCGUCGCAAGGCGUUCCAGCUGAAUCCCCGACGGGCGGACGGUCGCAAAAUUGGGAAACAGGUCGACGGACGUCAGACAACUUUCCUUGCUGUCAUCUUCAACUGCCGACCAGAUUGGCUUGCAUCCCGAAUGAAAUCUACGAUCUCUUCUGCUGACGCCAGAGCUCCUUCUGCCGGUUCCGUCUUCAGGUGAACGCGGCCGUGGCCUGCGCGAUAGCGGCACCCACGACUCUGUUGACCAUCGCUCAUGGCAGCAUUCUCCGCGGAACAUCCCGCUCAUGCCAGUAUAAAGCCAGAUUCUCUCGCACUUUGUUCUCGUCAGGCUCCCCCUCCCUUCUGGGACCCUGCUGGACUCGAUUUCUUACCUCGCUUUGUCGUCCCUGCUCUGUUUUUCAUUUUACCUCCUAGAGAGCGACGAACUCCACCAUGUUGGCGCAGCAAAUCUUGGUUGCUGGUUCCUCGUCAUCCCGCAAGAUCGCUAUUCCCGACCUGGUCUCGCACUGCACGUUCCCUCUGCGAAAUAACCGUCAUCGCAAGCAAGCGACGACCGAGUGCAAGCGGUGGCUCUUCAAGGGUGGUAACCUCAGCCAGAAGAAACGGGACGCAUUCCAUGGUCUCAAAGCUGGCCUACUCACCAGCAUGUGUUACCCUAACGCGGCUUUCCCUCAGCUUCGUGUCUGCUGCGACUUUAUGAACUGGCUAUUCCAUCUAGACAAUAUCUCUGACGAUAUGAAUGGCCGCGGAACGACGAACACAGGUGUGGACGUUAUGAAUGCACUCUGGCUGCUGGACGCGUGCCGUCCUACUACGCGUGUUGGAAAGAUGGCCAAGGACUUCUGGAGACGUGCUGCUGUGACUGCUGCUCCCGGGACGCAACAGCGUUUCCGUGAGACGAUGGACUUUUUCUUCCAAGCCGUAACGCAACAGGCCCUCGACCGCGAGGCUGGUGUAGUCCCUGACCUUGAGUCGUAUAUCGCCCUCAGGCGAGACACCAGCGGCUGCAAACCAUGCUGGGCCCUCAUUGAGUAUGCGUACAAUCUCCACAUUCCGGACGAGGUCAUGGAGCACCCCACUAUCCUCGCUCUCGGCGAGGCGGCCAACGACUUGGUAACUUGGUCUAACGACAUCUUCUCAUAUAACGUAGAACAAGCGAAAGGCGACACACAUAACAUGAUUGUUGUGGUCAUGCAGCAGGAAGGCCUGGACCUGCAGUCAGCGGUCGACUUCGUCGGCGAACUUUGUCAGCAGGCCAUUGAUCGCUUUGUCGAUGAGCGGGAGAGUCUCCCUUCGUGGGGUCCUGAGAUCGACCGGCAAGUGGAUAUCUACGUCAGUGGUCUGAGGGACUGGAUUGUGGGAAGUCUGCACUGGUCCUUCGAGUCCGAGCGAUAUUUUGCGAAGUCCGGGCUGGAGGUCAAGACGGCGAGGGUUGUCAGCCUCCUGCCUCGUCGCACAUCAACCUCAGAAUCCCCCACACAGAUAUAGAAUGGUGGAUCAUUGGUUCGCCACGCCAAUUAGCAGCGCCCCAAGCAUAAGUUAAUCUCACGACCGCUCAUGGCAAAAAAGGGAGGCCGCACAGUCAUACGGGUGCCACUCCUCACACGACUACCAUGUCCGCGCAGGCCAUCGAUUCAUCCCUGUAUCUCUAUCCGGGCUUUCGCCCUCGACUCUGGCCUUAUCUGAUCAACAUGCCCAGUGUAUCCCUAUCAACUCUCACCUCGCCGUUAUUACGUUGACGCGCGCACGCGACGCCUUGAAUGCUCUGUCUUGUCGGUCCUCCCUUGGUGCCUUACCGUACAUCUUAUGUCCUAUAGAUAUGUCUCAUCACACUCCUUUACUCCAGUUCUUUCCCACAUUUCUAUUCCGACUUUCUUUAUGGCUCACAUACAGCAUAUUCCCACGCUCCUUAUUUGCGCCUUGACUUCUCGUCUCUUCCUUCUUUCUCUUGGUUAUCCAAGCAGGGGCUUCGGGACAUUGCGUCGUCGGCACGUAGCUAGUUGCGGGUGCGACUCCUUCGUGUUAUUCCUUACCUUAUGGUGGAUUGGGUUCCUGGACCGGAGUUGACUCCGAGGCAGUUACACACCCAACAUCAUAUUCUAUUCUAAU